UAAAUAUGAGUGGGCAGCAAAAGACUACGAUUUUCACAAAUGGCCGGUUCUUCAAAGGAGAUGCUACGACUUCACACGAUUCUCCACCAGAAUGCAUGCUCGUCAAAGACGGCAAGAUUGCAUACAUUGGCGCUGCCGAUGCAAAAGAGUUGGAAACCUACAGCGAUGUCCCGAAACAAGAACUGAAGGGCAAUUACGUGCUGCCCAGUUUCUUCGAUGGCCACAAUCAUCUGCUCUCCCUCGGACAGUCCCUAGCAAAAGUAAACCUCGACUCCUGCACCAACCUCGCUGAAAUCCGCUCUCGCAUAUCCGACUACGCAAAAGCGAAUCCAGGAAAAGAACGGAUUCUCUGUAAAGGCUGGAUGCAGAGUGUGACGGAUGGAGAAGCCAAAGCCAAAGAUUUAGAUGAUUUGGAUCCGAGGCCGAUAUAUAUCGAUUCAAAGGAUCUGCAUUCCUGCUGGUGCAACAGUGCGGCAUUGAAAGAGAUUGGGGUCGAGGACAUGGAGGAUCCGGCCGGUGGGACUAUUGAGCGGGAUGCAGAGGGCAGGGCUUCGGGACUGUUGAGUGAAGCUUGUGUUUUGCUUUAUAUCUGGCCUUUUCUUGCCAAUGUUUUGUCUGCUGAUGAGAAGGCUGGGGCGUUGAGAGCUGCGAUCGCGGCGUAUCAUGAAGUCGGGACCACGGGGUGCAUAGAUAUGGCCAUGGAUGAUAACAUUUGGGAUGCGCUGGUGGCUUUGAGAGAGGCUUCGAACGGGAACUUGCAGCUUAGGGUCGGUGCACAUUGGUGUAUAGUACCAGGAGAUGGCGAAGAGCACCGCUUGCAACAAGUCGACCGCGCGAUUGAGCUGUCUCGCCAGUACAACAACUCAAACAGUCCUGAUUUGCGGAUCCUAGGGAUCAAGAUCAUAUCUGAUGGUGUAGUGGACGCCUGUACUGCUGCACUGAAGGAACCUUACACAACCAACGUCGCAUCGCCAGACCCAAUCUGGACACCAGAAAUGCUCGACCCCGUCGUCAAACGAGCCAUCGACGGCGGCCUCCAAUGCGCGAUCCACGCCAUCGGCGACCAAGCAGUCCACAACGCCAUCAACGUCCUCGAGAAGCACGGGAAACCAGGCCAACGGCAUCGAAUCGAGCAUCUGGAACUCACUGCACCGUCCGAUGCCGCCCGACUCGGUAAAUUAGGCAUCACAGCGUCGAUUCAGCCCGUCCACGCCGAUCCAUCAAUUCUACGCGCAUGGCCAAAACUACUAGGUCCGGACCGUGUGAAGCGCGCUUUCGCAUACAGUGAAUUCGCAGAGCAUGGCGCGACGCUGGCUAUUGGAACUGAUACACCGACUGCUCCCCACAUGUCGCUCCCCAACCUCUACAUAGCCACGACUCGGAAGAGCGCGAGACAGCCCCAUGCAGGUGAUUUGCCCGUGAAUGAGAAUUUCAAGCUCGGGAUCGUGCAAGCGGUCACAGCGGCGACGCAGGGGGCGGCGUAUUCGUGUUUUGCGGAGAAGAGGGUAGGGAGUUUGGAGGUGGGGAAGGAGGCAGAUUUUGUGGUUGUCGACAUGUCUUUUGAGGCGGAGAAUCUGCUUCGCGCAAAAGUGAGGCAGACGUGGUUUGCUGGUGUAAAAGUGUUUGGAGAAUGA